AGAAACAGACAUUCAGAUGACCUCUCUCAUGUUGACCCCUCAGCUGACGCAGCAAGAGUCUCUGGUCGCGCUAUUCGACAACCGCACGUGGUGCCGCCAGGGCGUGGCAGAGGAAUUCGACUACAUCAGCCACAACCACGCUUGGAAGCACCCACAGGUCAACGUCUUCAUCACACUCAUCCUCUUCAUCAUCAUGAAGUUCUGGAUGUCCGCUGUGGCCACCACCAUGCCUGUCCCAUGUGGAGCCUUCAUGCCAGUUUUUCUUAUUGGUGCAGCAUUUGGCAGACUUGUCGGAGAGAUCAUGGCAGCCAUGUUUCCUGAUGGCAUACAUGCAGUCGGCAACGUGUAUCCCAUAGUCCCCGGCGGUUAUGCUGUCGUUGGUGCUGCAGCGUUGUCUGGAGCAGUCACCCACACUGUAUCCACAGCAGUCAUAGUGUUUGAGCUGACUGGUCAGAUCUCCCACAUCCUGCCUGUGAUGAUCGCUGUGAUCCUGGCCAACGCCGUGGCCCAGGCGCUCCAACCAUCACUGUACGACUCCAUCAUCCGCAUCAAGAAACUCCCUUAUCUGCCUGAACUGGGCAUGGGACAUCACGAGAAGUAUAAUAUCCGUGUGGAGGACAUCAUGGUCAGGGAUGUGCGCUUUAUCACUCUUAACUCUUGCUAUCGGGACCUGCAGGAGAUGCUGCUGACUGGUCAUCUCAAAACACUGGCCCUGGUGGAGUCCAGCGACUCCAUGAUCCUGCUGGGCUCCAUAGAGCGCCUGCAGCUCCAGUCGCUGCUCGCUCUUCAGCUGGGCCACCAGCGGAGACUGGAGUACCUCCGCCAGCUGGCCCAAGACAACGGCACCCACAAUCACCUGCCCAGCCUGACCACCGACAGCACGCCCAGCUCCCCCUCCUCCCACACCAACACCAACGCCUCGUCCAACACCAGCGCUCGCCAAGCGGUCCGCUUCCUGGUGAGCACCCAACAGAUCUCCACAGAGGAGUCUUCCUCCUUCAGCCCAGUGGUUUCCAAUGUUCAACUUCCUCUGAAAUCUGCCUUGAAAACUGUGUCCGCCAUCAGCAACACAGAGACGCCAAAUAGCUCUCAGACCCUCUCCUGUGCUGACCAAGACAAAGAGCUGCUGGAGAGCCCGGCUGGGCCGGCUCCUCCUGAAAAAAGAAAGCCCAAGCCCAAACGAGUGAGGAUCUCCAUGGCGGUAAGAUUGUCUGCCGCCUAGAGACUGUUGCUUAGUAACCGUUGCCUUGCGACACACACGUAGUGAGUGCUGGACCAAAAUAUUUAUGGUGCACUAGUCAAAGCAUUGGAGUGGCUUUGCAGAGAGAGCGAGAGAAAGUGUGUGUGUGUGAGAGAGAGACGGGGCAAUUUCUUUGUUAAGUGGUAACGGUUUCAUCAUCUUUUCAACAUCAGUGUUAAACCAAAUGUUACAUCAGCUUUCUCUCUGUUAGUGCUCGUUCUGUGUGUGGUGGUGUCAUCAUGUCUUUUGGAGAAUUUGUUUUGUGUUUAAUUUGAAGGUGCUUGACUCUUUCAGUUGGUGGUGUUAUUGGUGUUGUCAGUAUAGUUUUAUGGGUGCUGGGUUCACAGUUUGACCUGUUAACCAAACUGUGCUCUCACCUUUACCUCUGAAACUCUCCAUGUAAGUCAUUGGAUUACAGCUCUGUAUUUCACACACUACACUGACACCAACAAACAGAUCCCCCCCUCAUAUUGCUCCCUGUGUAAUGUGUGUGUGCUGGUACACUCUACAGUGUACACAAUGGUGUGAAUUGUACUAUAUACAUACUAUGUAUAUAAGACUCAGUGUGUGUGUG